AUGAGAGAAACAAAAUUCGGGGUUUUAAUCAUUUUAAACACAACAACGCGAAAAGAUCUCCAAGGGAAUAAUAUAACCACAUUGUUUGAAUCAGACUUUCAACACCUUACUAAAUUGAGGAUUUUACAAUUAACAGAUAACCACAUUCAUACAAUUGAAAAAGACACAUUUAAAAACUUGAAUACCAUUGAACGUUUACGACUAAAUGGAAAUAAUUUAAGACACAUCCCCGACAACUUAUUUUCGUUUCAAACUAAUUUAUUUAGAUUGGAUUUGAGUCACAAUCAAAUCAGCGUGAUUGGAAGGAAGACUUUAAGAGGAAUUUCCGCGAUUAAAAAUUUACAACUCGAUAAUAAUGGGAUCACUUGUAUCGAUGAUCAAGCUUUGAGGUUUUUUAAAGAUUUGGAAAUUUUAUCAUUAAACAACAACAAUUUAACAUGGAUAGGAAGAGAUAUGUUCAAGAAUAUGUUUCGACUUCGCGUCUUAAAACUAAACGACAACCUCCUUCAUUGCGACUGCCAGUUAUCUUGGUUGGCAAGAUACUUAAGGCACAACGCUCGUUUAGGGCAAAACACGAAGUGUCACUCGCCCAAUCACAUCAAGGGGCAGAAUGUCGUCGAUUUACGGGAACAAGAAUUUAAAUGUUCAGGUUUAGUUGAAACAACGAUGACUGGUGAAUGUGUCAGCGAACCACAGUGCCCACAUCCAUGUCAAUGCGCGGAUGGAAUCGUUGAUUGCCGAGAAAAAGGAUUAUCAAAAGUUCCUGAUCAUUUACCGGAAGGAACUCAAGAGUUGCGAUUAGAACAAAAUGAGAUAACCGAGAUACCUCCGAGAGCUUUUGCAGCUCAUAAACGACUCAAAAGAAUUGAUUUAAGUACUAAUAAAAUCACAAAAAUAUCCCACGACGCUUUCCAAGGAUUAAAAUCGUUAACAACAUUAAUUCUUUACGGAAAUAAAAUUAAAGACCUUCCGGCCGGAAUUUUUCAAGGACUCGUUUCACUUCAAUUAUUGUUAUUAAACGCAAAUGAAAUUUCCUGCAUACGCAAAGACACAUUUUCCGAUUUACCAAGUUUAAGUUUACUCUCACUUUACGACAACAACAUUCAAUCAUUAGCAAACGGAAGUUUCGAUUCAUUAAGAAGCAUACAAACAUUGCAUUUAGCGCGAAACCCAUUUAUUUGCGAUUGUAAUUUGAAAUGGUUAGCCGAGUAUUUGCAUAAGAAUCCGAUCGAGACUUCUGGGGCGAAAUGUGAAUCGCCAAAAAGAAUGCAAAAAAAGAGGAUAGAAAUUUUAAAAGAUGAAAAAUUUAAAUGCCACGAAGAGUUCCGAACACGAUUUGCUGGGGAAUGUUUAAUAGAUAAUGCAUGUCCUUCUGGAUGUACUUGCGAUGGGACAACUGUUAAUUGUUCCGGGAGGAAUUUAAAAGAAAUUCCGAGAGAUAUUCCACUUUACACGACAGAAUUGCUUUUAAACGAUAACGAAUUAGGGAAGAUUAAAUCUGAUGGGUUGUUUGGAAGAUUACCAAAUUUGAUAAAACUUGAUUUAAGAAGAAAUCAAAUAAUUGGAAUUGAAGAAAAUUCGUUUGAAGGAGCUUCUUAUAUCUCAGAAUUGCUCCUCUCUGAGAAUAAAUUAUUAGAAAUCCACAACAAAAUGUUUUUAGGAUUACAUAAUCUAAAAAUCCUUUCUUUGAAUAACAAUAAAAUUACUUGUGUUAUGCCUGGAUCUUUUGAUCACUUAACUUCUUUACAUACAUUGAAUUUAGCCCAAAAUCCUUUUAUAUGUAAUUGCCACUUGGCGUGGUUUAGCGAAUGGCUUAAAAUAAGAGGAUUAAGUGGUUCCUCGCCGAGAUGCGCUUCACCUUUUAGAGUUCGAGAUGUGUUAAUUAGAGAAUUACCUCAAAAUGAAUUUAAAUGUACCAAUGAUGGUGAUCAGGGUUGUUUAGGUGAAAACUACUGCCCACCGAGUUGCGUUUGUACUGGAACUAUAGUUAGAUGUUCCAAAGCGAAAUUGAAGGAAAUUCCGAGAGGAAUUCCACCGGAAACUUCCGAGUUGUAUUUAGAUGGGAAUGAAAUUACGAAAAUCCAAGCAGAUAAAAUUAGCCAUUUGAAAUCAUUGACGAGAUUAGAUUUAAGCAAUAACCAAAUUGGAAUUUUAUCAAAUUUUACGUUUUCAAACUUAUCGAAAUUAUCAACUUUAAUAAUCGGCUAUAAUAAAUUACAGUGUAUACAAAGAAAUGCUUUGUAUGGGUUAAAAUCGUUAAGAAUAAUAUCACUUCAUGGAAAUCAAAUUUCGAUGAUACCAGAAGGAACGUUUGCUAAUUUAACAUCAAUCACUCACAUUGCAUUCGGUUCAAAUCCCUUAUUUUGUGAUUGUAACCUUCGUUGGUUAUCGGAUUGGGUUAAGAUUGAUUAUAUUGAGCCGGGAAUUGCACGAUGUGCAGAUCCACCAAAUAUGAAAGAUAAAUCCAUCUUAUCAACUCCUUCAGCUAACUUUCAAUGCAAAGCUAAAGUUAGUGAUGAAAUCUUAGCAAAAUGCGACGCUUGUUACACAUUUCCUUGUCAAAACAACGGUAAAUGCGUCGCGUUGCCAGACCGAGAAUACGAAUGCCGUUGUGCCCCCGGAUACCACGGCAAAAAUUGCGAAUCAAUGAUUGAUGCCUGUUACGGAAAUCCGUGCAGAAACGGAAUUUGUAAAGUCCUCGAAGAAGGAAGAUUUAGUUGCGAUUGUUCUUCCGGUUUUACCGGAUUAAGAUGCGAAACGAACAUCGACGAUUGCGUCGAGAAUAAAUGCCAGAACAAUGCUAGUUGUGUCGAUGAAGUUUCCGGGUAUAAAUGUAAAUGUUCACCGGGAUAUAUGGGUGAUUUUUGUGAAACUAAAAUCCAAUUCUGUUCGGACUUAUUUAAUCCGUGCAAAAACGAAGCUACGUGUGUCGAUCAUGACAGUUAUUACACUUGCGAGUGCUUAAUUGGAUUUAAAGGAGAAAAUUGUACCAUUAAUAUCGAUGAUUGCGAAAGUCAUAUGUGCCAGAAUGGAGCUACUUGUAUCGAUGGAAUAAAUAGUUAUGAGUGCAAAUGUCCAAGUGAAUACACCGGAAAAUUCUGCGAAAUUACCCCGAGUGUCGCAAUGAUGUACCCGCAAACUUCUCCAUGUCAACACCAUGAUUGUGUCCAUGGAGUUUGUUUUCAACCCGCUCAUAAUUCUAAUGAUUAUCUUUGCAAGUGUGCUCCGGGAUAUUCAGGGAAACGUUGCGAGUACUUAACCAGUUUAAGUUUCACCCAUAACACUUCUUACGUCGAACUUGAACCUCUCGUCACCAAACCGGAAGCUAACGUAACCAUAGUAUUUGCAACAACCGAAGAAAACGGUGUUUUAAUGUACGAUGGUCACCAAGAACAUCUUGCUGUAGAAUUAUUUAACGGAAGAAUAAGAAUAAGUUAUGAUGUGGGGAAUCACCCCGUUUCAACGAUGUAUAGUUUUGAAAUGGUAUCUGAUGGUCAAUACCACAUUGCUGAGCUGCUAGCGAUUAAAAAAAACUUCACCCUUCGCGUAGAUCGUGGUUUAGCCCGUUCAAUAGUAAACGAUGGCGCCAAAGAUUAUUUAAGAUUAACCACCCCCAUGUACCUCGGAGGAAUCCCCCCGGAACCGGGACAAACCGCGUUUACAUUAUGGCAUUUAAGAAACUUAACCAGUUUUAAGGGUUGUAUGAAAGAAGUAUGGAUAAACCAUAAACAAGUUGAUUUUGGGAAUGCAGCGACGCAACAAAAAGUUUCGCCAGGGUGUGCGUCUUUAGAACAGGAUAGGGACGAUGAAGAGCAGGAUGAUGAGAUGGAUGGAAUGGUGGAGGAACCUCAAAAGAUCGACCCGUGCGAAGGGAAUCACUGUAAACAUGAGAGUAAGUGUGUAGCUACGUCGAGAGAGGGGGAGUACGCCUGCAAAUGUAAACCAGGGUUUAAGGGGAAGUUCUGCGAGCAAGGUGAGCACGAUGAGACUCCAACUUGUCGCAAAGAACAAGUAAGGGAGUAUUACUCGGAAAAUGGUUGUAGGUCAAGGAAACCUCUUAAAAUGGCCAAAUGCGUCGGUGGAUGCGGGGUCAGUUGUUGUCAUGCCAGAAAAAGCAAAAGACGAAAGGUUCGUUUAAUAUGUAACGAUGGAACCCGUUACACAAAAGACAUCGAUGUCGUGCGUAAAUGCGCUUGUACCAAAAAAUGUUACUGACUGACAGACGCCACUAUUCACAACACAUUAACAGACGGUCAACAAAAGUUACCACCCCAAUCGUCACCGUUACUCGAUAAUGAACGAACGGAAGGAAGUAGAGAUGAAGAUGGUGGUGGUAUCAAUACGAACGCGUAUCGAUUAACUUUUUACGUAC